AUGCUAAAACGUAAUGUGGAAAAUGCUAGUAGAAUGAACUGUGCUAAAUGUUAUAAAAAGAGAAGUGGUGUUGAAUUAACAAACAUUGAAGGCAAAGUUGCAGAUGGUGAAUAUAUGCCUAAUAUCAGUGUGGUUAAUGCUGACAAUAUGGAGAAGGAGUUUUAUCUUGAAGUAUGUUCACAGCAUACUAGAGAUAAAUCAGCAGAAAA